GCCACAAAUGGGAAACACUCAAGUAGAGGUUGAGCUACAGUUCAACAAUUCCGUAUCGACUGAUCAAAUUCCAGAAGCUGAUGUAGUGGUAGACACAUUGGUACAGGCUGUGAAUAGUCCCAACAACACUUUCAAUCUUACUUUGGAUUCAGACUCAAUAGCAGUCGUUCAGCCAGAAACAACUACCCGUGUAUCCACAACUCAAGGGCCAACAACCAUCCUGGUACCACCAACGAAUGGACCAACUAACAGUACACCAACGACCACUCAUGGACCAACAACUGCAGUCACUUCAGUUCCAUCGCCAGUUGUGUCUAUUGAAGCAACUAUUGAGGAACCUUUUGUUCAAGAAUUGAAUGAUCCCAACAGUGAACAAUACCAAACUCUUCAAACACAAGUGAUAUCAAUGUGUGACUUCAUUUUCUUUGAAACGUUUGGAGGUAUUUUCAUCAGAACCAUUGUUAUUGGAUUCAGGCCACAAAUGGGAAACACUCAAGUAGAGGUGCAGCUACAGUUCAACAAUUCCGUAUCGACUGAUGAAAUUCCAGAAGUUGAUGUGGUGGUAGACACAUUGGUACAGGCUGUAAAUAGUCCCAACAACACUUUCAAUCUUACUUUGGAUUCAGACUCAAUAGCAGUCAUUCGAGCUGAUGUGGUGGUAGACACAUUGGCACAGGCUGUAAAUAGUCCCAACAACACUUUCAACCUCACUUUGGAUUCAGACUCAAUAGCAGUCAUUCAACCAGAAACAACUACCCGUGUAUCCACAACUCAAGGGCCAACAACCAUCCUGGUACCACCAACGAAUGGACCAACUAACAGUACACCAACGGCCACUCAAGGAUCAACAACUGCAGUCACUUCAGUUCCAUCACCAGUUGUGUCUAUUGAAGCAACUGUUGAGGAACCUUUUGUUCCAGAAUUUAAUGAUCCCAACAGUGAACAAUACCAAACUCUUCAAACACAAGUGAUAUCAAUGUGUGACUUCAUUUUCUUUGAAACGUUUGGAAGUAUUUUCAUCGGAACCAUUGUUAUUGGAUUCAGGCCACAAAUGGGAAACACUCAAGUAGAGGUGCUGCUACAGUUCAACAAUUCCGUAUCGACUGAUCAAAUUCCAGAAGCUGUAGUGGUGGUAGACACAUUGGUACAGGCUGUAAAUAGUCCCAACAACACUUUCAACCUCACUUUGGAUUCAGACUCAAUAGCAGUCAUUCAACCAGAAACAACUACCCGUGUAUCCACAACUCAAGGGCCAACAACCAUCCUGGUACCACCAACGAAUGGACCAACUAACAGUACACCAACGACCACUCAUGGACCAACAACUGCAGUCACUUCAGUUCCAUCACCAGUUGUGUCUAUUGAAGCAACUAUUGAGGAACCUUUUGUUCCAGAAGUUAAUGAUCCCAACAGUGAACAAUACCAAACUCUUCAAACACAAGUGAUAUCAAUGUGUGACUUCAUUUUCUUUGAAACGUUUGGAAGUAUUUUCAUCGGAACCAUUGUUAUUGGAUUCAGGCCACAAAUGGGAAACACUCAAGUGGAGGUGCAGCUACAGUUCAACAAUUCCGUAUCGACUGAUCAAAUUCCAGGAGCUGAUGUGGUGGUAGAAACAUUGGUACAGGCUGUAAAUAGUCCCAACAACACUUUCAACCUCACUUUGGAUUCAGACUCAAUAGCAGUCAUUCAACCAGAAACAACUACCCGUGUAUCCACAACUCAAGGGCCAACAACCAUCCUGGUACCACCAACGAAUGGACCAACAAACAGUACACCAACGACCACUCAUGGACCAACAACUGCAGUCACUUCAGUUCCAUCACCAGUUGUGUCUAUUGAAGCAACUGUUGAGGAACCUUUUGUUCAAGAAUUUAAUGAUCCCAACAGUGAACAAUACCAAACUCUUCAAACACAAGUGAUAUCAAUGUGUGACUUCAUUUUCUUUGAGACGUUUGGAAGUAUUUUCAUCAGAACCAUUGUUAUUGGAUUCAGGCCACAAAUGGGAAACACUCAAGUAGAGGUGCAGCUACAGUUCAACAAUUCCGUAUCGACUGAUCAAAUUCCAGAAGCUGAUGUGGUGGUAGACACAUUGGUACAGGCUGUAAAUAGUCCCAACAACACUUUCAAUCUUACUUUGGAUUCAGACUCAAUAAAAGUCAUUCAACCAGAAACAACAACCCGUGUAUCCACAACUCAAGGGCCAACAACCAUCCUGGUACCACCAACGAAUGGACCAACAAACAGUACACCAAUGACCACUCAUGGACCAACAACUGCAGUCACUUCAGUUCCAUCACCAGUUGUGUCUAUUGAAGCAACUGUUGAAGAACCCUUUGUUCAAGAAUUUAAUGAUCCCAACAGUGAACAAUACCAAACUCUUCAAACACAAGUUAUAUCAAUGUGUGACUUCAUUUUCUUUGAAACGUUUGGAAGUAUUUUCAUCAGAACCAUUGUUAUUGGAUUCAGGCCACAAAAGGGAAACACUCAAGUAGAGGUGGAGCUACAGUUCAACAAUUCUGUAUCGACUGAUCAAAUUCCAGAAGCUGAUGUGGUGGUAGACACAUUGGUACAGGCUUUGAAUAGUCCCAACAACACUUUUAACCUCACUUUGGAUUCAGACUCAAUAGCAGUCGUUCAACCAGAAUCAACUACCCCUGGAUCCACAACUCAAGGGCCAACAACAACCCUGGUGCCAACAGUUAAUGGACCAACAACCACCCUGGUAUCAACAACUAAUGGACCAACAUUCACCACAUCACAUGGGCAACAAACUACCAUGGUACCAACAACUAAUGGACCAACAAACAUCCAGUCAACAACAACUCAUGGACCAAUUAUCACCCUGGUACCAACAACUCAUCGGCAAACAGCUACCCAUGUACCGACAACUCAGGGACCCACAACCACCCUGAUAUCAACUACUCGUGGACCAACAACAGCCCUGGUGCCAACAGCUCAUGGGCAAACAUUCACUCAGGUCUCCACAACAAAUGGGCAACAAACCACCCUGGUACCAACAACUCAUGGACCAUUAACCACCCUGGUACCAACAACUACUGGACCAACAGCCACCCAUGUACCAGGAACUCAGGGACCAACAACCACCCUGGUACCAACAAGUCAUGAACCAACAACCACACAGGUAUCCACAACUCAGGGGCAAACAACCACCCUGGUACCAACAACACUCUUAGUACCAACAACUAAUGGACCAACAACAACUCUGUUAACAAUUAAUGGGCAAACAGCCACCCAGAUACCAACAACUAAUAGACCAACAACCACACAGUUAACAACAACUCAUGGACCAACAACCACCAUGGUAUCAACAACUAAUGGACCAACAUUCACCCAGGUCCCCACAUCAAAUGGGCAACAAAUCACCCUGGUACCAACAAUUCAUGGACCAUUAACCACCCCGGUACCAACAACUAAUGGACCAACAGCCACCAAUGUACCAACAACUCAUGAACCAACAACCACCCUAGUACCAACAAGUCAUGAACCAACAACCACCCAGGUACAAACAACUCAUGGGCAAACAACCACCUUGGAACCAAUAACUCAAGGGCCAACAACCACCCAGGUUUCCACAACUCACGGGCCAACAACUACACAGGUACCCACAAAUCAUAGGACAACAACCACCCAGGUUUCUAUAACUAAUGGACAAACAACAACCCUGGUACCAACAACUAAUGGACCAACAACAACUCUGUUAACAAUUAAUGGGCAAACAGCCACCCAGAUACCAACAACUAAUGGACCAACAAUCUUCCAGUUAACAACAACUCAUGGACCAACAACCACCAUGGUGUCAACAACUAAUGGACCAACUUUCACCCAGGUCUCCACAACAAAUGGGCAACAAACCACCCUGGUACCAACAAUUAAUGGACCAUUAACCACCCCGGUACCAACAACUAAUGGACCAACCGCCACCCAUGUACCAACAACUCAUGGACCAACAACCACCUUGGUACCAACAACUCAUGGACCAACAACACUCCUGGUACCAACAACUCAUGGGCAAACAACCACUUUGGAACCAAUAACUCAAGGGCCAACAACCACCCAGGUUUCCACAACUCACGGGCCAACAACUACACAGGUAACCACAACUCAUAGGCCAACAACCAUUCAGGUAUCCACAACUAAUGGACAAACAACCACCGAGUUAACAACAACUCAUGGACCAAUAACCACCCUGGUAUCAACAAUGAAUGGACCAACAUUCAACCAGGUCUCCCCAACUCAGGGCCAAACAACCACCCUGGUACCAACAACUCAUGAGCAAACAACCACCCUGGUACCAACAACACUCCUGGUACCAACAACUCAUGGGCAAAUAACCACCUUGGAACCAAUCACCCACACAACCACAACUCAUGGACCCACCACCUCCCAGACCCCCACGACGCAUGAGCCAACAACUACCCAUGGGCCAACCACCAUCCAGGUGCCUGCAACUAAUGGACCAACAACAAUCCAUGCACCAACAACAAUGCAUGGGCCCACACCAACUACUCUGACACCAAUGACUUCUGUAACCACUGCUGCAGCCACUUCUUCACAACCUGUUGUCAUUCUUUCUGCAACUUUGGAGGUAGUUUUUACGGAAGAUUUCAACAAUAUUACUAGUGUGCAGUACAGAGAUCUUGAAACACAAGUUGUCUCUGCGUGCAACAUGAUCUACAGGGAGAGAUUUGGUCUAAUCUUCCUCCGCACCUUCGUCAUCAGAAUUAUCCGUGCGGUCGUCAUCACGCGAAUGGACAACACGCAAGUGGACGUGGGACUCGAGUUCAGAGACAUUGAGUCAACCCCACAGAACGACGACGUUGUUACCACCUUGGAGGAAACGCUGAGGCAACCCAACAACUCGUUAAACAUCAGCAUCGUUCAGGACUCCAUUAAAGUCAUACAAUCCCCAAAUAGAGCAAAUUCAACGACGGCAAAACCUUCUUCCACCACCAAAAAGACAACGAUGACGCCAGUGCAGCUAACAACGCGGACGUUAAGGUUUACGUCUGACGAGACGUUUACCAGUGACUUGCUCAAUCAGUCGUCAGCUGCAUUUGUUGACCGAGCGAGGAUAAUCAAGACGACGCUUGAGCCUUUCUACAGCAGGGCCUUCUCAUCGUUCAACUCUUUGACAGCAACGUCAUUUAGUAAUGGCUCAAUCAUCAACAACAUGGACCUGAGGUUCACUUCGGGGUCGGUGCCCAACAACACCGCCAUUGGGAAUGUUUUGAUUGCCGCUGCGCCGAACAUCACGGCGUUCAACGUAAACACCACGUCCAUUUUUGUGAACGGCAUGCAAGUUUCAAGCGGAGCGAGCCACUUGACGAGCAUCAUCGGCGCAUCCUGCCUUGGGCUGUUGUCAUGGUUACUGUCCUGCCAGCACUAGCAUCAACCCCAGUGUAUUAUUUUAAUAUAUAGAUCGAUCGGUAAUAUAUAUUUUCAUUGCAUUUAGCGUUUCAGAAUCAAACAAUGGUGACAAUAAUCCAAAAUAGGCAAGUAUUGAGGUUUGUUUGGGUAGCUAAUAAGAUAUUAAGUGAAGAUGUGUAUUCCUGCAACGCAAUAUCACAUUACUGGCUGUGCUGUACAACAAUGUAAUGGGUAAACAAAUACACAAAUCACACUAUAUUUGCUCGUAUUUGCAAUUACUUUAAUUCCCAAAUGGUUUUUUUAAAUAUGACAAAGUAUAUUGCUCAUAACAUCCUGAAUGAAAAUUGCUUCUCUGUGCAAAAAACUAUUAAAAAACUUAAACGCAUGAUUCAUCAUUUUCUUUUUUGUAUAAAUAACACAAAAAAAAUCAGUUUCUUUCCCAACAUGUUUUAUACUUAACAUAUAAUAGAGGUCUAUUAGCAAAACACAUGGGGCCAAAAGUUUAAGUACAAAAAUAUUAAAUAAACAAGUAUUAGUUAUGCUCACAAUACUAGGUGUGCCAACAAUCAAAAUAUUUGCUACCCUCAAAAUAUUAGAUACAUAAAAAACAUUAGGUACAAAUGAGUCCAUUAUAUUAUGCGCGACAGCUCCCCCAAAAAUAAGGUAUAACUGACGUCAAAAUAUUAUCUAUGCCCAAAAUAUUAGAUUCUGGGUUUUUGUUUUUUUUAGCUAGACCUAAGGCCAAAAUAUUUGGGCCUAAAUAUAAGAUGCAGCAGAGGCCAACAUAUUAGGUACACCUAGACCAGUGGUUCUCAAACUUUUUUCACCAAGUACCCUCUCAGAAAAAAAACUUGGCUUUUCAAGAACCACCAUAAUGACCAACAUUAAAACGCACUAGUGUGGUAGGCAUAAGUAUUCAUUAACAACAAGGCAGCGGUUUUAUUUGACAAGUACAUUUAAUAUUUUUGGCUAUUGUAACAUUGCACACAGUUUGAACGGUAACAAUGUGUUCUAAUAUACUGUAUUAAAACACUGUACUUUAAUACGUACCACUAUAUGGAGCCCGCGUACCACUAGAGAAUCACUGACUUUGAAUACUAGGUGUAUAUGAGGCAAUAUAUGAGUUACUCUAAAAAUACACAUUUGGCCAAUAAUUGUCCAUUACUGUAAUUAAAAAGAACACGACCGGGAGGUCACUCUGACUGCUAGUGGCUUUGGUACUCACUUCCGCCUGGACCGAUGCACAGAGGAAACAUUGAUGAGCAAAUAUCGGUUUGUUCGCCGUCUGGUUGUACGUCAAUAAACGCUAUUGCAGCUCUGUGACUGUGAGAGGUUGUGCAUCCCUGUUCAGUAGUUUCCUCAACUUGUUAUCACCUCUGUUUAUACUCAUCCAAAGGUAAACUCUGCACUGGCCUCCAGGACCGCCCAUGAUGACGUAGUGCGGAAAUUACAGUCCAUCUCACUAGAUGUGCCACACUUGACCACGUCUCUCGAAAAAACACUCAAAACAUCUAACAGUAUGUCACCUGCCCAACCAGACAGAAAAAAACACUUGAUCUAUAUUAUGGGUCAGUAAAGAAUGUAUAUAAAGCUCUAUCACAGGUUUGUGUCAAACGUACGGCCCGCAAACAGGUUUUAUCCGGCCCGCGGGAUGAGUUUGCUAGGUAUAAAAAUUAACCUGAAAUGUUUUAAUGAAAGAAACAGCUGUUCUAAAUGUGUCCACUG